AUGCGGAAAGCAAAAUCUAAGUACUUUUGUGAUAAAAUCCAGGCAAGCUCUCAAAUGGGGGACAGUAAAAGUGGAUGGGCUUGGAUAAAUUCGCUCUUAGGAAGAAAGCAUAAGAAUGCAAAUAUUAAUGAACUGAAAGUAAAUGAUGAUAUUAUUUCUGAUGAUAAAUCUAUUACUGAAACAUUAAAUGAAUAUUUUAUAAAUAUUGGAAUGAAGAUGGCUGCUGAAUCAGCAUGUCAAAGCACUGAUGCUUUAAAUGAUCAA